CGCUUCUCGGAUCUUCGGCUCGUUUUCAUGUUUUUGCCUGGUUUCUUGAAUCAGUACUGUGCACUGCAUGUUUUUUAAACCUUUUAAUGUGUCCUUUUAAAACAAGAUCGUCCAGCAAUGUUUAAAAAUCGCAAAUCCGCGCUGCUAGCAAAGAAAUCAUCUGAUUUAGCAACGGUCGUAGAAUCGGAACCAGGUUUCGGCGGGCCAAGUAAGCAGAAACAGAGUCGACCGUUGAACGAUGAUGAGCCAACGGACGAUCCGGAUCUCUUCGCGAGUAGUCAAUUUUCCGUUCCGGCUAGCCAAAUGAACAGCCAGCGCCGGUAUCUUUCACAGCGGAGUAAUCUGCAAAAAUCGCAGAGUGCGCGAACGUCCCGCCGAGUGCCGACCAAUUAUUUCGAAAGUAUCUUACUCAAGUGCCAACUGGAACUGGAUGAUCCGUUGUCUAUUGUGCUGCGUUGCGAGCCGUUGGCUGUUGUGCGUCAGCUUCGUACCAUGCUGAGAGCCAGUCCGGACUUUCCCAGGAAUGUUAAGGAUUUUGUGAAAGGGGUAGACCAGGCGAGUCGUAAUAAGGAGACGUUUCGCAAGCUGCUAGAAUGCUGCUUGUUGCAGAAUCAAAACACACAGGAAGUGAAACCGAUACAGGAGAGUCUGAUGAAGAUGCUACUUUGUGUGGACUUUAUGCAGCAGGAGCUGAUUACGGUAUUGUUUGAUUAUGUGGAACGAUCGGCUCAGGAGGAGCAAGGUGCAAAUAUAACGGGACUAGUGCUGUCACAGAUUAAGUUUAUCGACCAUACCGUUCAUGGAACGUUUGUGUUCAAUAAGUACUUUGAGAUGUUGGAGCGAUCCUCAAACCGGCAGCUGUUAGUAGAAGCUAUCGCUUCUUUGCAGGAUGUCAUUGAUGUCACGAAACACGAUACGGCCUUUCGCAAGAUUUUGGAUAUGCUGCAGCGAGGAGAGGAUUUAUUCUCAGUGACAAAUGUAACGGUGUUUUGCGAGAUGUGUUUAAGCAACGCGACUCUUCGAAUGACCCGGCAAAAGAUUGUGGAUUUUGUCGAGAGUGGAUGUCCAGUUGAGAAUUUUCCGUCCCUGGUGAAAUUCCUACUAAAGUUCAACAGCAUGGAUUUAGAAGGCCUUUAUGAGAACAUUGACCAGAUUCGACAGGUCAUCGACAAGCUGGUGCAGCUGUCCGGGAGUGGUUCGCACGAUAAAUAUUUACAGGAAGUUUUUCAAAUAAUCCAUCAAGCUCUAACCGUUUCUGCUGUUUUGUAUGAAGCUUGGAUCAAGUUUUGUCGUCUUCUGACACACGAAGAAUCGCAUUCGGCACAGGAUCUACUAGUCCUAUUAAUGAUGCUGAUGGUAAACGAGAUUCGCAGUGGUACUAUUCAAAAGUUGUUGAUUAAUAAGAUUAAGAAGGGCCAUUUCACAAUCCAGCACAUGAAGGAACUAACCAAGCACUUUGGAUGUGUCUUGAAAAUUCACGUGGAUGGUGUGCUUGAAUUCGUUGAAAUAUGUCUGAAGGAGAAGCAAACGGAAGUUUGCGAAUUUGGGAUCAUGUCAAUGAGCAGCCUUUUUUCAGCUCACAGUAUGAACAAUCGAUUGGUUUUAAACAAACUGGUCGGGUUUAUGUGUGAGAUGGCAUUAAUAAAUGAGGGCCGAAAAAACGAUCAUAUGAUUGCGGUUUGCAUGGAUGCUCUUUCGAGCAUUCAUCGGAGCUAUCCAGAUGAGAUAAGAAACAACGCUCACGUUUUACUAAAAAUCAUGGAUAUAUCGACGGAUUUGAGCUUGCAACAGUACCGAACGGCUGUCGAUCUAAUUUGUGAAGCGAUAUGCAUUCCGGACAGUCCCAUCGAGAGUAAUGAUACGUGGGAUGAUAUAAAUAUUGUUAUUAAAAAACAGCUACUGAGUAACAACACGAAGGUUAAGAAAAAGGGCGUUGUCGGAGUGGUUUGUCUUAUCUAUCACAUGCUGAGGAAUUCGGCUGUACAUACAGAACUAAGCUGUAGUUUUGAUUCAGAAAAGACGAUCCAAUCGGCUAGCGAAAUACCGACGGUUGCAGGGCGGGAAAUUGGAAACAUGAUUAACAUGAUGUUAUUAUCCUCGAACGAAUCAACCGAUAUUUUGUCCUUGUGCUACGAUGAAAUUGCAGAAAUGCUACAAGAGUUUGAGCGGGGAGUUGGCAAGCCUGAGAAAGGGUUUUCCGUGUGGAUGUGCGACGUUGUUACGAAUGAGUUUCAGAAUUAUUUCAUUAUCGAAGAAGUACCCGCUGGAGAUCCCAUACAUUGUGUGAAGAAACUUUGCAUCAAUGAUACUACGGACCUUGAAAAUACAAACGCCGAGGCGUAUGCGAUAGCCGUUAACAUAACGGAGAAUAUGCUUGCCUACAACAGCCGAUACUCUUCGAUGUGCUUUUUCCUGUCUAUGUUCAAAUUGAUGAAGACACUGCAGUCAAUCCGAUACGAUGGUAAUUUAGAGUCCAUCAAUGCUCUGUUAGGUUGUUCCGUAGUUGUACCAUCUUUCUACGAUGAACCUGACGAGAAAACGAUGCUGGAAACCUACGAAGAGGAUAUUUGUCGACAGUUACUUGAUGCAUAUUUCUACGUAGCUAAUUGGUUUCGUGAGUUGAUCAAUGCGUUCAUCUUGCAAAAAGAUCCUCUCAUGCAUCGGAAGGUACUUCAGCGAUUGUCCGCUCUGGUCAAUCUCGAGAAUCGCCUAGCAAGUUUACUACGAACCGUGGACUUCGAUUACUACCCGCCAGUUUGUGACUUUUCUACCGUCGAACAAACGAAACCUUCCAAAUCUGCGAAAGAAUCGAAUUCCAAACAGAACAUUACUUUAAAUGCAACAAAAACACAAGCAGAUGCCACGGUGAAAUCUCGAUCUCGCGAAGUUUCCGAAUUCGACACGGAACCGGCGCUGGCAAGGCAUCGUCAAGGGUUCCGGAUAAUGGAAGGUCACGUGAUGCAGCUGUUUCGGGAGCCGUUGUUACUCAUCCAGAAACUUCCGGAUGAUAAAGUAGGGGCAAAUCUUGGUCUCGCUGAGUAUCGUUUUCUGCUAGAAAUCUUCGUCAGUGCGACGGAAUCAAAAAUUAACAAACGUUCGAUACAGACCUGUAACUAUGAACUCAGAGAUUUGUUGAAUAUUCUGCCAAGAGUCGUAGACAACUUCAAAAGAAUAAAAUCUAAACGUUUUGAGCUUAAGUCCGCAAAAGAAUCAAACACCCAGUCCGAACUGAACGCACUGAACUGUUGCUUCAACUGGACACUUCGCCUGUUCACAACAAUUCUCCAGUUGGUAAAAGUUGAACACACAGAACUGUUAGACGUUACUUUACGGCAAAUGCAGAGUCUAGUUGCCUCACCAAGUGAAUCAUUUUCCCGUGAAAAUGUGAUUGAAGAAAUUCUCGCCAUAGAACUCACCCACAAAAAUGCUCUGAAGGAUAUAUUCAGCGCCAGCUGCCUAUACAAAUUCGCCACUGCCUUGAAUAACACAGUGACAGCUUCAAACAGGUCAUCAGCCGUAAUCGCCACCUUUUGCCAAAAGUUCCUCUGCUCCAAUUAUCAACCAAAAUCUGGCACUACCGCUCAGUUAACUUUACUGUUGCAGGGCCUCACGUCAACAGCGGAUUUUCCCAAAAUCAAACAACUCACUGUGGCGCUCGCGGAAGACUUGGCAACCGAUAAAACCGACGACCGCCACUUUGUCAGCCUGCAACGCGGACACUAUCCUGUCCUGUUCAGAGAACUCUCCAAAGCAUUCGUGAAGUGCGCUCAAACCGGAUCGCGAGCGAACAAAACCACCGUUCAAAAGUUCGUUCUUUGGGAGCAAUCCUGUGAAAUUCUCAAACAGUUUUCGGAGGUCGCCAAACAGGCAGACAAUCCGAAAAUGUAUGCCUGCUACAUGAAGUAUUCGCACACCUAUCUGAAACUGUUUCAACAGACAGGUCUCAAAGUGCUGGAGGAUGUUCUAAAAGUAUCCGCCGAUCGAGUUAGUCAUUUGCUGAGCACACUGCAGCACAGUACCCGCUACUUGCACAAUAUUUGCUGCCAUUCGAAAAAUGUCAAGGACAACAGCCUGACUGCCCAGAUACCGUUUAUUCGCGAAACUGUUGAAACAUUGAUCUACAGUGUGAAGGCUGUCUUGGUGGCCAAUGGUUGUGCCUCGGUCUUCUGGAUGGGAAACUUGAAAAACAAAGAUCUGAAGGGAGAGCUUAUCCUAUCGCAAGGUUCCGAGAUCGACAUGGCUGAGAGUGGCGAGUCGGAUAUCGAGGAUUUCCUCAGCGAAGAUGAAACGGAUGAACAGCAGCAAGGUGCCCUGAUGAAGGCAGAUUCCAGAGAGAAAUCAUCACAGAGCAAAUGCUUUUAGAAUUACGGUCCAGGAGAUUUGCGUCGUGAAACUAUUUACGAUCAACUGUAAAUAUAAUAAAGUGGAUGGAAAAUGUUUAUUUAGUUAUUUAUUUUGUUUUUACUAACAAUUCAACUUACUGAUUCUGUCGAUGAAUGGAGAACAGUGAGUCUAGUUAUGUAAGG